GCGAGAGAGAGGGAGAGAGACGGAGAGAGGGGUGGUAUAUUGACUCAAUCCAGCAGCAGUUGUUCUUCAGUGGGAGAGACAGAGGACGAGAGGAAAGAUGGAGCAAUGGAGCAGAUGAAGACUGUCUUUAGGUGACAUCUUCCCUUUACAAAAUAUGUACAUACUACAGGACAUAUAUUAGAUAUAGCGACUGAGAGGGCACAGCAGUGCAUUAAAACUGCACUGAGAGAAAGGGCUAAUACGAUACAGUACAGUGCAGAGUAGCUGGACAGUACAGUACGUUGGCAGUGCACUGGAAGACAGUUAAUAGAUACUGGGCACAACGGUACAAAAAAAACAUCAGAAAAUUCAGUGACUCACCAUACACAUACACACUGAGAGAGGGUUAGGAGUAGGGAUACAGUGACUGACAGAGCUCUGAAGGAAACGUGAGGGCAAGAGAGGAGGGGGGGAAAGAGAGCGAAAGAGAGAGCGAGAGAGAGAGAGAGAAAUAGAUAGAUGUCCACACCUCUCUGCUCCCCACCCUUUUCACCCUUCUAUCCUCCCCUCCUCAUCCACCCAUCCGCCUCUCUCUCUCUCUCUCCAACUGUCCUCCCUCUCUGUCCACCUCUGGCCCGGCGAUGAGUUUGUCCAAACCCCACCCCCCUCAGACGCACUUCCUGCCCCGCUCCCCGCCCGGCAACCCCUCCUCGGCCCUGUCGCUGCCCCCCGCCGAGCCCGCCCUGUCCCCGUCCCCCUCUCCGUCCCCCGUCAAGAUCUCCAUGCAGGAGCACUUCGCCAUCAACGUGUGCCCUGGUCCCAUCCUGCCCAUCCCGCAGAUCUCCGACUUCUUCCCCCGCUUCCGAGACUUCCCCUCCACCCCCCCGCCGCAGAGAGAGAGGCAGCCGGAGAAGGAGAGAGAGAGGGAUGGAGAGAGGGACAGGGAGGGAGAGAGAGAGAGGGAGGAGGUGGAGGAGAGAGAGACGCAGGAAGUUGUGGACUCUGACGACGAUGAAGAGACGUAUUUGGGUACUUUGGAGUUCACCUUGCUGUUUGAUCAAGAGAGUAACUGUCUGCACUGCACUAUAGUCAAAGCAAAGGGCCUGAAGGCCAUGGACUCCAAUGGUCUUGCCGACCCCUAUGUCAAACUACAUCUCCUCCCAGGGGCUAGCAAGGCAAACAAACUGCGUACCAAGACCUUGAAGAACACCCUGAACCCAGUGUGGAAUGAAACUUUGAUUUAUCAUGGAAUCACUGCUGCAGACAUGACCACCAAAACACUCAGGCUGUGUGUGUGCGAUAUGGACAGGCUGGGCCGCAAUGAGUUCAUAGGGGAAGUCAUGGUAGCUUUGAAGAGGCUGAGAGUUGGGGAGACCAAGAAGUACAACAUGGGCCUGGAGAGACAGGCACAGCAGAACAGAGAGAUGAAUAACCAAAACCAGGAGCAAGGCACACCUGUUGCAGAGGAAGAGCGGGGUCGUAUCUUGGUGUCUUUGCUUUACAAUCAAGAGAAGCAGGCACUCAUAGUGGGGAUCGUACGCUGUGCUCACCUGGCAGCCAUGGACUCAAAUGGGUACUCUGAUCCCUUCGUCAAGAUAAUACUCCAGCCUGACAUGGGGAAGAAGUCCAAGAAUAAAACAACUGUGAAGAAGAAAACCCUCAACCCAGAAUUCAACGAGGAGUUUGCAUAUGAUGUUCCGCAUGACCAACUGGCCAAGAAGACCCUGGAGAUUUCAGUGUGGGACUAUGACCUGGGAAUGAGCAACGACUUCAUAGGAGGGGUGGAGCUGGGAAUCAAUGCUAAAGGAGAGAGGCUGAAACACUGGUUUGAGUGUCUGAAACACACAGGGAAGAAAGUGGAGUACUGGCAUACUCUCACACAGCAGUGCGCCCCGACCAGUGACUGACACACAGGACCAGAGACUGAUACGCACACACGCACACACACACACACACACCACACACACACACACGUGCAUUAAUUAUAUAAAAAGUAACAAUAAAUGAUAUCCAGAUAAUAGAAAAUUUAGAUCUUCUGGCUAACUAGCCACUGCACAGUAGCUGCAAUAAUAAUAUGAAUAAUAUUAAUAAUAUGAAUUAUGGCAAAAGUUUAUAUUAAGUGUCUUUUUUACCAACAUUUGAAAAUGCACACUCAGAUGUUAUUUUUGUGGAUGUUUGUGUUGAUUCAGCAGCCUCAGAAAUAGCACUUCCCUGAGCCUGCCUUGACUUUGAGCUCACAUUUGUGAUUUCGCCGGCGUCAUCGUGAAUGUACACGCCUUUCUUUCCUUCCACUCAGCAUGCGCAUUAAAACUCGGAAACGAAUCUGGACAGUCGUUAAGUGUGUAUGUGUAAAUCGCACAGUAGUUACUACUUAUAAGUGAAUGUUAAGAGAGACACUUCGUGUAAAGGGUUACCACAGCCAGCUGUGAUCGCAACUCCUAAUUACAGCCUCCGUCACCAGACUGCAGUCCUUUGGCAGCACAAGAGAAAGCACAAUGCAUCCCAUCUGUUCUCAUAUGCGGCUGUGUGUGCCCCUUUCUUUCUGUAUACCUGUCAAUCAAGUUAUCCAGUCGCUCUGUAGAAAUCUGUGGGUCUGUCUGUGUGCCUCUCCACAAAUGUCUUUGUGUCCGUCCGUGUACCGAGUCUGUCCAUCAGCAUGCACAUCCAGCUGUAAACGGCAAGAAGCUUGAGAGAGAGAGAGAGAUACGGAAAGGGAGGAAAUAGAGAGAUGGAGAGAGACUGUGCAGUUCUAUGCUAUUGAGGAAACAUUAAUAUUACAUAGCAAUAUAAUUAUAUAUAAUAAAUUAUAAUAAAUAUAUAAUGUUCAUCUAAAACGUAGGAGUUGAGGUACAUUCCUCCACCAGUAUAACAUGCUCAGGUUACUGUGAUGUUGCUUAAUCUGUAUCAGGCCAGGAUGAAAAGAGAAUGCUAUGCCUUGAGGUGGGAUUCUAGGAUUUGGUGCAGCACAGGACUUUCUGUGUGUGUGUGUGUGUGUGUGUGUGUGUACUUGUGUGAUUGUGCACACACGUGCGUGUUUGUGUGUCUGUAUGCACGUGCGUGUGCGUGUGCGAGCGAGAGCAUGUAUUUGUUCAUGCUGAAUGAAGACUGCAAGGAUAUCCAGUACGGAAGCAGGAAUAAGCCACCUGUGGGAGUGGGUGAUCUUGCGUCUUCUCCUCUGAAGAUGAGGGAGUUUGCCGCACGGUUGAGCCCUGCUGCACUGGCCCUUUAAGAGGCUAAGGCAGUGCUUUGGGGACAGCCGUGGACUACAUUCAGAUCCGAGCGCGUCACAGUCAUUCUGAGCAGCGGAACCGCAUUCUGAGCAGGGAGGCUCAGCGCAUUGGCAGCCUUCUCUGAUGCAAUCUUCUCUUUGUGACAGAUAAUGAACUGGGAUUUUAAAAAAAUAAAUAAAAAAACACACCUACAGACACUAUUUUUAUCCCCCAACAAAAACACAUUUGAAUAUGGAAUGGUUCUGUUUGGCUUCAUUAUUUUAACCUUGCUUUAAAGAUGGUCUGCAGUUACAUAUGCAUUACAGCUGAGGUUCACAGUGCCAGCCCAGUGUUUGUGUGAUUGGAUAGGCUCCGCAGUAUCUCUCCUACCCUGGAUACGGGAUGCUGCCUCAUUGGAGCACACAGGGCUGGGAGAGAACCCAAUCUUACAGGAUGGUAACAAGGCCUGGGGCUGGGCUACACCCUGCUGUAGAAGCACAUUCAUGUGCACACAGGACCAUCCUCUGUCCCUCUAUGCACUCGGGAAUAGUGGUGUAAUUAUCAAAAAAGGCAGAAUCCAGCGUGAACAUGAUUUUUGCCAGUUUUCAGUCUCUCCCUCUCUCUUGCUUUAAAGGUCUGUGUGGCAGUUACCACAGACGUUGUUGUAUGGUACCGCCAUGCAUGUGUGAAGGGUACGGUAUUGCAUGUUUAUAUAUAUGUGUGUGUGUGGGGGGGGGGGGGCUUGCUUUAAUUGGUGAUAAUUAUUGAUAUACUGUAUGUGUUUAUUUGUCAGGACUGCAUGAAUUCAACAGAUUCGCUCAUCUUAAGUGAUCAAUCACCUACGCUGAUCUACAUACAUCCUACAGAGAUCAAACUAUAAAUAUAUAAACUCAUUUAAUUUGGUAAGCAAGCCCUAUUUCUCUGAAAGUAAUAACACGUGAGAUUGCAUUAUUUAUUUUAUCACUCAUGGAAAAGUGAAUUGUAUUUUAUUUUUUUAUUUGUACAGCGGAAUAAUUUGCUGUUAGAUGUCUUUUUUUGUUUUGUACUGGGUGAUUAAGGGUACUGGAUUUUAUGAAUUCAUCAUACAUGUAUGUUUUUGCUUGUUUUAUAAUAUCAACUGCCAUUUUAUGAUGUCUCAUAUUCCUCUUUAAAGGAGGAAGUUGCAGGAACUUGUGAUUAAAAUGGGACUGGAAAAUGUGCAAAAGGGUCCAGUUGAAAUUUACAGCAGCAUUAUGCAAACGUUUCACUCACAGAAAAGGUGUGUGCGUACCCCCAGCCGCUGCCCUGUACUGUCACCCGACUGUCUACGUGGAACAUGUGGUAUGACUGCCAUCAUGUGGUGGGUCUAUGUAAUUACAGCUCAAAUAAAUAAUCUGAACAGC